AUGGGUAAUAUUAAAGAGUUGUUGAUUUUUUUUUUCCUUUUGUCUGUUGUUUUUCCUUUAAUAUAUUGUGAACAAAAUAAUGAAAAAAAAAUUCAUUUCAAAAUAGAGCUACUUGAUAACGAUCAUUUACUAUCAAAUGAUCACUUAAAGAAAGAAAAAAGCAUAUUUCAAGGUGGAAAUAAAUUAAAAAUAAAAACCUUUGAAAAAAUUCAAGGAAAUAUUCUUGAGAGAGCCAUAGUUGUAGAACAAGUUAACAAACUAAAAAGUAGCAAUGUGGUAGAAGAUGAUAUAAGUUUAGAAGAUUCAAGUGCUGAUGAUACUGACUCUAAUAAUGGCGUAAAAAAAAAUAAUAUGAAAGUUAUUUCAUCUGAAGAAUCCGUAGAAAAUGAUAUUCAUAUGUUACGUAAGGUUUAUCAAAAAACAUUGCCGGAUACAACUACUACUUACUGUUAUAUUAGAUACACAUUUAAUCUUAAUUUAGAAAAAUUAAGUGAAAGUAACAAAAGUGAGAUAUUUAAAGGAAUAGAUAGCAGUCUAGAUUAUACAUCUUUUUUACCAAAAAAUAAAAUUAACGCUACAGAAUCCAUGCUAGAAAAUGAAUAUGCAAAUAUGGAUAAAUCCGAGGGUUCGAAUGAUUCCAUUAUAUCAAAUUUGGAACUAAUAAAUGGUGAUAUCGAGACGGAAAAUACUAACGAAGAAUACAUUAAGACUAUUGAUGAUAUUAUUGGUUAUUUUGAUGAUAAUAGUGAUACGUUAAGUGUACCGAUAGCUAUUAAAAAUAAAUUAAUGAAUGAAAAAAAAAAUCUAGUCGAAAAUAAUCAGUCCAAAAGAUACGUAGAUCAUGGAAUAAACAAAGAAUACAUGGAAAAUAUUGGAUUUUAUGAAUUACUAAAAAUGCUAAAAAAUUCUUUUUUUAUGAGAAAAAAUCUAAAAAGUGUAUCAUAUAAUUUAAACGAGAAAAACGAUAAUGAAAUCGAUAUUGAAAAAGGGAUCGAUGACAUUUUUAUAAAUUCAAUUAUUAAUGUAUUUAGUUGUUAUGACACACUGAAAAAAAAUAAUAAAAUAAAUUCUAUUUUCAUGAGUAAUGAAAAUGAAAAUAAUAUAAACAGUUAUGGCGAAAUACAUGAUCAUAGUUUUUCUAAUAUAUCACCUAGACGCAACACAUUGAAUGAGAAUUUUAUGAAUAGUGAUGAAGAUGACGAAGAAUGCGAAUCCUUUUUACAAUUAAUUUUACAAAAUAAAAUAUUUGAAAAUGAUUCAAAAGUUUCAGAGAAUGAGCAAAUCAUGAAUUUGGGUACGGAAAUGGGUAACCAAGAAGGUACUGAAGGAAAUUAUUUAAAAUCAGAUGAUUCAUUUGAUAAUAGUUCAAAUAUGAAUAUACUUAAACCAAGCGUUAGAAAAUUAUACAACAAUUCUAACAAUUUCGAUUACAAUAACAAUGAUAAUACAAGAGAAUUAAGUACUAUGGAAGGAAUACCCAGUGAUUUAGGGGAUAUCGAAUCAUUUACAGAAAUAUCUGAUACAAUGAAAAAUUAUGAUACAUUCGACGAGAGCGAUGAAAACGAUGAUGAAUAUUAUAACGCGGACGAUGAGGCUGAUGACGAAGAAUAUGACGACGAAAUAGAAGAAAGUAUAGAAAAUAACGAAGAAAUUGGGGACAAUAUAGAAGAGUCUGAAGAUUAUAGCGCUGACGACGAAGAAAGUAGCGAAGACGAGGAUUAUAGCGAUGUGGAUGAGGAUUAUAGUGAUGAAGGUGAAGAUGAUAGUAAUGAAGAUGAGGAUUAUAGUGAUGAAGAUGAUAGUAAUGAAGAUGAAGAUGAUAGUAAUGAAGAUGAGGAUUAUAGUGAUGUAGAUGAGGAUUAUAGUGAUGAAGGUGAAGAUUAUGGUGAUGAAGGUGACGAUCAUAGUAAUGAAGAUGAGGAUUAUAAUGAUGAGGACGAAGAUUAUAAUGAUGGAGAUGAGGAGUAUAACGAUGAGGACGAAGAUUAUAAUGAUGAAUAUGAGGAUUAUAAUGAUGAAGAUGAGGAUUAUAGGAGGGAAGUGGAUGAAAAUGGUUAUGAUGAAAAUGGUAAUUUUGUCGAAGAUGAAGAUGACGCUAUAAAUCGUACUCAAGUAAUUAAAAUAGAAGAUGCUGUAGGCUCCAUAUUAAGAGCAGGUACAAACAAAAUAAAGAAUUUAGGAAAAACUGAUACUGUAAAAAAAAUAAAAAAAAAUAUGAGUAUUAGUAAUUUAUCAGGAAAAGUUAAUGGUAUUAUAGGCAACAUUAAGAAUGCAACGGAAAAGACUAUUAGUAAACCCAAAAAGGAAAUUUCAAAUGGUAUUAAUAAACUAAAGGAUGGAAUGAAAAAGAAUGUUAAUACAAUGAAGGAAAAAAGUAAAAGUUUUUCGGAUAAGGCUGCAAAAGCAGGGAAAUCUAGCAUCAGCCAACUUAAAAAUAAAGCUAAAAAUGCCAUCAAGAAUGUUAAAAAAGGUGGUGAUAAAAUUGCUAAUAAAUUAGUGAAAGAAAGUAAAAAUAGUGUAGAUAAACUUAAAAAUGGAGCUAAAAGUGGCAUUAAGAGUGUUAAAAAAGGUGGAGAUAAAAUUGCUAAUAAAUUAGUGAAAGAAAGUAAAAAUAGUGUAGAUAAACUUAAAAAUGAAGCAAAAAAGGGGGUUGAAGCAGUUAAAGAAAAAAGUGAAAAUAUUGUAAACAAAGUCACUAAGGCUGCAAAAGACAAUGAAGAUAAACUUAAAAUAGAAGCAAAAAAGGGAGUUGAAAUCGUUAAAGAAAAAACUGAAAAUGCCAUAGAUAAAGUUGCAAAAGUAGUAAAGGAUGGGGCAAUCAAACUUGAAGAAGAAGCCAAAAAAGGAGUUGAAGCAGUUAAAGAGAAAAGUGAAAAUAUUGUAAACAAAGUCACUAAGGCUGCAAAAGACAAUGAAGAUAAACUUAAAAUAGAAGCAAAAAAGGGAAUUGAAUCUGUUAAAGAAAAGUCUGAAAAAGCCAUAGAUAAAGCUGUAAAUGUAGUAAAGGAUGGUGCAAACAAAAUUGAAAGUGAAGUAAAAAAGGGAGUUGAAGCAGUUAAAGUAAAAACAGAAAACACUAUAGACAAAGCUGUAAAAGUAGUAAAGGAUGGUGCAAACAAAAUUGAAAGUGAAGCAAAAAAGGGAGCUAAUGAAGUUAAGACAAAAAUUGAUAAGGUUAUAGAUAAUGCUGAAAAAUCUGCAAAAAAUGUCACGGGGAAAGUUUCAACUGAAACAAAAAAUACUCUAGGAAAUAUUACAAAAGAAGUGGAAAAAGGAAUAAAAACAUCUAGCACAAAAUUAGAUAAUAAUAAAAAGAGUGAUAUAAAUAAAACUAAUGAUGGAUUAAAUAAAGAAAAAGGUAGUGCCAAAACAAAGGAUAUAUCACCCGCAACUCCCAAAAAUGGUGCUAAAAAUACUUCAGUAAAUAAAGUCUCUAAAAGUAAAGCAUCUUUAUUAAGUAUAUCUGAUAACAAUAAUGAAGAACCCUUAAAUAAAGAAAAAAUAAAAAACGAAAUAAAUAAAAUUGAUAAAGAAUACAAAAAAUUGAAAAAAAUGGAAAAAAAAUUAAAUGAAGAAUUAAAGAACCCCUCUCUUUCAGACAAACAAAUAAUUCAUGAAUUUGAUGAAUAUGAAAAAACUGCUGAAAAAAAAAAUAAAAAAAUAUAA